AUGAGGAUUUUCCUGGUUUGGACCCUUUUCCCAGGUGGCUGGGCAGUGACGGGCCCCGCGCAGGUGACGGCCGAGCAGGGCGGCUCGCUGGCUAUGUCCUGUGGCUACGAGCCAGGCUACGAGCUCUACCCCAAGUACUGGUGCCGCCCAAGCUUCCUCUGGUUUUGCUUCAUCUACAUUGCCCAAACCAACGGCUCAGAGGUGACAGUGACGCAGGGCAGGGUGUCCAUCGGGGACAACCACACAGCACGCUCAUUCAUGAUUACGCUGGGCGGUGUCACGCCGGAGGACGCAGGCUGGUACUCUUGUGGGGUGAGGAGGAAACUGUGGUUCAGCAUGGGGCACACCAUCAAGGUGAUGGUCUCCGCAGGUAAAGCCGAGCUGGGAGCAAAGCAGGGGUCUGCCUCAGCCACAACCAAGGGCAGCAACGUGAGCCCGUUGGCCACCACCACCCUGUGCCCCACGGGCUGUGGGGAGCCUCCAGUGCGUUGCAGCAGCCCCAAGGAGCAUCCUGGGGGCAAGCGGGUGGCUGGCAGACAUGCAAGUGCCCCAGUCCCCAUCUUCAUCGCUCAGACCCUACUCAAGCUCUAG